CUUAAAAGCUCACAUAAACAAAACAAAAAAACAAAAGGUUUUCCCCAAAUCAACAAACCCCACUAUCAAUUUCUCUCCCCCAUCACUCUCUCUCUCGUUUUCUUCGGCUGUGAAGCAACAGGAACUCCGAAAAUCCCUGGAUUUGAAAAAAGUUUCGAUUUUUGGUUGAGUCUGGGAGAGAGAGAAACAGAGACGAAUCUCUUGAAUGCAAUGUGAGAGAGAGAUCAACGAAGAAGGAAAGUUUGCUUUUUUCUUCACUCGGAAGCACAACAAUGGUGGCCGCGGCAAUCUCCGGCACCGACCCAAGAAACCCACCUCGAGAUCGACCCAACAAUGGCGGACAGAGAAGACCCAGAGGCAAACAGGUCCCUUCACGCUACUUAUCUCCUUCUCCUUCUCACUCCCUCUCUUCCUCCACCACCACAACCACUACAACAACAACCUCCUCUUCGUCCUCUUCCUCUUCUCUAAAGACUAGUAAGCGAUACCCAUCUCCGUUACUCUCCAAUUCCGCUUCCAAUUCGAACAAAACGCCGUCGUUUCUACCUAAACGGUCUCAAUCCGUGGACCGCCGCCGACCCUCCCCGGCUCCGGUCACCGAAAUGUCGGCGGCGACGAAGAUGCUCAUCACCUCCACCAGGAGCUUGUCGGUUUCGUUCCAAGGCGAGGCCUUUUCGCUUCCGAUUAGCAAAAAGAAGGAGCCCGUCUCUCACCGGAAACCUACUCCGGAGCGGCGGAGAUCCACGCCGGUUCGAGAUCAGAGGGAGAACUCCAAGCCACUGGACCAGCAGCUCUGGCCCGGAGCCUCUCGAUCCGUCCCCCCGAACCCGCUUUCCAGAAGCUUAGACUGUGGUAACGAAAGAGGAAAGCUCGGAUCUAAGGUUUCUAUUAAUGGAAGGUUGAGUUUAGAUAUGGAAGGUAGAGAUGAUGAGUAUUUGGAAACUGGGAGAAGACCAAACAGUGGUUUAACCUCUGACCUCACCGCUUCUGAUACUGAUAGUGUCUCUUCCGGUAGCACUAAUGGUAAUGGAGAAAUCUCAAAGUCAAAGAGCUUGCCUCGUAAUGUUAUGGCUUCCGCUAGGUUCUGGCAAGAGACUAAUAGCAGGUUAAGGAGGUUGCAGGAUCCUGGCUCUCCUCUAUCCUCAAGCCCAAGCCCCGGUUUGAAAACCAGUUCCAAGUUUGGUGGUUAUUCAAAAAGGUUCUCUAGUAGUGAUGCUCUUCCUUCAUCAUCUCCUCGUGGGAUGGCCUCUCCUGUGAGAGGUGCUGCUAUUCGCUCUGCCUCACCGAGUAAGCUUUGGGCGACGACUACUUCAUCUCCAGCUAGGGCGCUUUCGAGCCCUUCUCGAGUGAGGAACGAGGUUUCUGCUCAGAUGAACGCUUAUAACCGCAACAACAACACGCCUUCGAUUCUUAGCUUCUCUGCUGAUGUAAGGAGAGGGAAGAUCGGGGAAGAUCGUGUUAUGGAUGCACAUUUGUUGAGGCUUCUGUAUAACCGUUAUCUUCAGUGGAGGUUUGUCAAUGCGAGGACUGAGUAUACUUUGAUGGUGCAAAGAUUGAAUGCAGAGAAAAACCUGUGGAAUGCAUGGGUAUCAAUCUCAGAACUGCGCCACAGCGUCACUUUAAAGCGGAUCAAGUUGCUUUUGCUAAGGCAGAAACUGAAACUGACUUCUAUUCUCAGGGGACAGAUGGGAUACCUAGAAGAAUGGUCUCUCCGGGACAGAGAUCAUUCAAGUUCUUUGUCGGGAGCAACAGAAGCUUUGAAAGCCAGCACGCUUCGUCUACCAAUUCUUGGAAAAACCGUGGUUGAUAUUCAAGAUCUUAAGCAUGCUAUUAGUUCAGCGGUCGAUGUAAUGCAAGCUAUGUCGUCUUCCAUAUUCUCACUUACAUUGAAGGUUGAUGAAAUGAAUUCUGUGAUGGUGGAAGCGGUGAAUGUAACUGCAAAGGAAAAGGUUUUGCUUGAAAGAUGUCAAGGCUUCUUAUCAAGAGUAGCAGCUAUGCAGGUUACAGAUUGUAGCAUGAAGACGCACAUAAUACAAUUAAGACCAAUCACAAGCAGCUUGACUUCACAACAACAACUGUAGAAAGAAAAAACUGAUCUUCCUCAACAGAACAGAUUUGUUCUUUUUGACUACAACGACAA